AUCAAUGAUGAAGGGAAUCUAGCAGUUCUACAUCGUAAUGCUGAUUACGAGCAGGUUGAUCUAGUUAGCAAUCAAGAAGGGGACGUUAUGUCACAGAAGGCGACGGAGUCAGGACCUUUUGGGAAGAAUUUUCGUGGUGGCUUUCACGAUCGUGGCAGAGGGAUUCGUGGAGGCAGAGGUACAUAUAGAAAGGAAUCUAGAUCGUGGGCAAAUGUAGCAUCGACUUCUGUUAGAUCUGAGGUAAAACUAUAGUACUUUCCUCCUAAGUUGUCCCAGGAUAAGAUUGUGGUGGAAAUGCCACCUUCAUCUCCUCCUGCCAAAUGGGAGACAUGUUUGGUUGGUUAUUUUAUUGAUAAGCGAUUACCUUACACCUUAGUUAGUAACAGUGCUUUCAAUAUGUGGAGAAACAAAGGUCUAUUAGAAGUUAAAAUGAAUGAUGAUGGAUUUGCUUUUUUUAUGUUUGAAAAUAAAGAUUGUUGUAGGAAUAUCCUUGAUGGUGGCCCUUGGUAUGUUGGGGGUUUUUUGUUGAUCCUAAAACAAUAGCAUCGUAUGAUGAGGUUGUCUAAGGAGGAUAAAAAUACAAUUCCUGUGUGGGCUAAGUUCUAUAAUAUUCCGUUGGAAUUUUGAAAUGGGGAUGGUCUAAGCAGGAGAGCUAACGCUGUUGGCACUCCUUUGUUUAUGGACCAACUUACAGCUUCUGGAAAUCGUAUUUCUUUGCCCGUGUCUGUGUGAAUAUACAAGCAGAUUCUCUAUUUCCAGAUAGUUUUUCCAUUACAAGCGAGGGUGAUUCUGUUGAAAUUCGAGUUGAAUAUCAGGGGGCUCCAUCUAGAUGUGCCCAUUGUAAUGUUUUUGGCCACGAAACCAAACAAUGUCUCUUUGCCCAAGUGUCCAAAUUAAUUGAGUUACAAAAAGAGACGGAGAACUUAAGUGGGGAAGAAGUUGGCUGGACCACUGUGAAGAACAAGGGGAAAUGAAAGGUAGGUGAGCCUUCCCAGGAGAUGGAGUCUGUGGCACCAAUUGAGGUAUCGAGUUUAUCAAAUGUAGGCAUGGUGGAUUCGGGCAAGGACCGUGUUAAUACCUACUUGGAGGAUGUGGUCACAACUACAGACUCAACUGCAGUUAUUGUUACCAAAGAAGUAGCAUCGCUAGAGGAUGAAAUUACAACCAAGGCAACAACACAAGUUGAGGCCUUUCAUUCUGAUAUCAUGGAUAUUGCUAUUCUGAUCCAUCCAGCAACAUAAAUCAUACUCAAGGAAGUGGCAUCAAAGGUAGAGAGCAAGCAGCCUACUCCAAGUAACAAAGGGGAGAGGGUGGAGAGCAUACAUUCUUCUGGAAAUUCCUCAAAGAGCGAAUCUUCUGGCAAAUCUGGAAGCCAGAAGAAGAAGAAAGGUAAAUAGUCUAUUUUGGGUUCUGGUUGUGUUUUUUUUGUUAUAUCUCAUGUCUAUAAAAAUUGCGUCUUGGAAUGUUAGAGGGUUGAAUGACCCAUCUAAGCAUAAAGAAUUUUUUGAUCUUGUGCACAAAGAGAAUAUCAAAAUCAUGAGUCUUUUGGAGACAAAAGUGAAAUCUGAAAAUGAAGCUAAAUUUUUUGAAAAAAGCUUGAAAAACUGGAAUCUUUUGUCUAAUUCACAACCAGAUAGAGCUGCUAGAAUUUGGAUAUGUUGGGAUCCUAAUUUUUGUAAUAUUGUUAGCAUCAGGAUGGCAGCUCAGUUUGUUUUUUGUAGGGUUACUAUUUUGGAAGGGGAUACUAGUUUUUUUGCUAUUUUUGUAUACGCUGAAAAUGAACAUGUGCUGAGAUUGCCCUGUUUUGCUGAAAUUUGCUCUUUAGUUAAGAAUCAUGUGAGUUCUCCUUUAAUAUGCCUUGGUGACUUCAAUGCUGUUAGAUUCUCUUAUGAAAAAUUGGGUGGUAAUGCCAGCUGGAAUAGUUCUAAGGAGUUGUUUAAUAAUAUGAUUCUUGAUGCUGACCUUGAGGAUUUGUCUUAUACUGGGUGCCAAUUUACUUGGUCCAACAAAAGAAGUGAGGGAGCUUAUAUCACAUCCAAGAUUGAUAGAGCUCUUGUGAAUGAGAAGUGGCUUACGAGUUACCCUAACUCUUCUGCCCUUUUCUUGCCUUCGGGGGUCUCUGACCAUUCUCCGGCUGUAAUCACUUUGGAUCCUAAAGUAUCUAACUUUAGGAAACCAUUUAAAUUCUUUGAUUUCUGGGCUGAUCAUCCCAAUUUCAUUCAGAAAGUUGAUGAGGUGUGGAGGAAAUACAUCAAGGGUUCCCCUAUGUUUAGGGCUUGCCAAAAGCUGAGAACCCUCAAGCCUAUCUUGAAAAAUCUAAUAAAAAAGAAGGGUGUCGUGGAUCAGUGCAAUGAUCUUGCUAGGGAGGUCUCUGACAAGGAGAUUAUUGAUGCUUUCAAUUCUCUUAAAGCUAACAAAGCCCCUGGCCCUGAUGGCUAUUAUGCUGGUUUUUUCAAGAAGUCUUGGGAGGUUGUGGGAAAGGAGGUUGUGGUAGCUGUCAAAUCAUUCUUUCGGUCUAGUGAGCUUCUCCAAGCUCUCAACAGCACAACCAUAGCCCUUAUUCCCAAAACUCCUAAUGUUGAGAAAGUUGGUGACUUUAGGCCUAUCUCUUGCUGUAACACUUUGUACAAAUGCAUCUCUAAGAUCAUAGUUGAUAGGAUCAAAGUUGUCUUACCUGACCUCAUUGACCCUGUGUAG